AGACAGACAUACGGUAGGUUCAGACGCUUGAAGUAGAGACAAGACUGGAGGGGAGGGGGCGGGCGGUUCAAAGAAUCCAGCCCCCCGGGGGGUGUAUGUCUAAGGCUGGGCCAUACCUGCGUCCGCGCCCUGCGAGAGGAAGUACCUCUCUCCCGCGCAAGCUGGGUGCGGAGCGCGCGCCUGCAGAAGCCUAGCUGCAAGGGCGGUAGGGUAUGGAAAAGUCUGCGGGAACGAUCAGGUCAGAUCGGUGCCCCUACCCCUCCCAGCCUCACGUAGCAGGGGACCCCAUCCCUGAGGAACUCUACGAAAUGUUGAGUAACCGCUCCAUCCGCUCCUUUGAUGACCUUCAGCGCCUGCUGCACGGAGACUCCGUAGAUGAAGAUGGAGCUGAGCUGGACCUGAACAUGACCCGAGCGCACUCAGGAGUUGAGCCAGAAAGCUCAUCUCGAGGGAGGAGGAGCCUAGGUUCUCUGGCAGCCGCAGAGCCUGCCGUAAUCGCCGAGUGCAAGACGCGCACAGAAGUAUUCCAGAUCUCGCGGAACCUCAUCGAUCGCACCAACGCCAACUUCCUGGUGUGGCCGCCCUGCGUGGAGGUGCAGCGGUGCUCCGGCUGCUGCAACAACCGCAACGUGCAGUGCCGGGCCUCACAGGUGCAGAUGCGGCCGGUUCAGGUGCGAAAGAUCGAGAUUGUACGGAAGAAGCCAGUCUUCAAGAAGGCCACAGUGACCCUGGAGGACCACCUGGCCUGCAAGUGUGAGACAGUAGUGACCCCUCGGCCUGUGACUCGAAGUCCUGGGACAUCCCGGGAGCAGCGAGCCAAGACGCCUCAGACUCGGGUGACCGUUCGGACGGUGCGGAUCCGCCGGCCCCUCAAAGGGAAGCACCGAAAAUUUAAGCACACGCAUGACAAGAAGGCACUGAAGGAAACCCUCGGAGCCUAGGGGCAUUGGCAAGAGUGGGCAGGGUUAUUUAAUAUGGUAUUUGCUGUAUUGCCCCCAUGGGGUCCUUGGAGUGAUAAUGUUGUCCCCUCGUCCGUCUGUCUCAAUGCCUGAUUCGGACGGCCAAUGGUGCUUCCUUCACCCCGCGUGCCCGGCCACCUCCACCAGCGGGAGCCCCUCAGCCUGCCCUGCAGCUCCAGAAGCAAAGGACUCCAUUUCCUGCUGCUUCUUCCCGUGACCCCAAGAACCUGGGACGAGUGUGCAGGAGCUUCAUGGGGGGACUGUGGACUGGCCCGAGGAGCCUGGCACUUGGCCUGAGGAUCUCUGCGUGUCCUGCCUGGUUCCCGGACCCCUGGCCAGCCAGCAGGGAACAUUUUGAGGCAGGCUAGGGUCCAUGGUAGUCCCGUGGCCAGGACCACGUGGGAAAGCACAGACCGGAGGAACCCUCAUGGCACCCAGAUCUGCCACUCAUCUCUCCCUGUCCCCUCAGCCCACAGUGACUUUUCAUUUUAUAAGUAUGAAAUCAUGGAAGACAUGAACUCCUCUGGGCAGGUGGCCACACGCCUUCUCUGAUGGAUUUGGGGUGCAGUGUGCUUGUGACCCAGGCCACAUUCCCCCGCCUUUUUCCAUCUCCCCAACAUUCACUUCUGUUUCGUUUCCCUACCUCCACUCUGUCUUCUUCCUCAUAAGCCCUUCAGUCUGCUCCACCAUGGAGUGCUUGGAUUCCGACUGAGGCU